AUGUUAAUGAAAGGAAGUCUAUUACUUUUCUUUACUAUUCUUUUUCUACAAUGUAUGAAUAUUGAAUGUCAAAAAGUUCAAUGUUAUUCUUGUUCAGAUUGUGCUAAUUCAACUCUUCUGUCACAAAUGGAUUCUAUUGUAACAACUGAUAAUAAUGAUCAAUGCAUAAAAACAACAAUAUUUACAGGAGGUUAUAAUCAAGGAUAUAAAAUAAUUAGUCGAGGUGCUUCAUCAAAUUGUGUGCCAUAUACCAAUAAUUAUAUUUCAAUCUUUUGUUGUAAGAAUAAUUUUUGUAAUGCUUAA